GAGGGCGCAGCCAUUCUCAAAUUUGUUGGGCUAGCGAGCGUGCAGUGAGGGGUCUAACUCCGACAAGUUUCUUCGAAGACAGCUUAACUGCGUGCAUGCCACCUCGCUGAAAGUUUCCUUGAUAACAACCAGGCCUCCAGCGGAGAAGUUUGCUUAUCCCAAGUGGGGGAAUUUCAUCUUAUCGUCGGUGGGGCAAUUUGCGGUUUCCUUCUUCUGGGAUUCUUGCUUCCUUCUUUAACCAGCGGUCUACAAGGCAGUUUGGCUGUAGAGGGGUGUUUCGGGUCUUCAGACAGUCUACUUAGGUCUAUUUUCUAGUGCAAGCAGGUGUCGUUAGGGUAUAUCCCCCAAACACUUGUUGGCUAGCCACAGUGACCCCCACAUGAGUGACAGUGACAGUCUAUGAGGUUUGGAACUUCGCCGAUGUUCAUUUUGGAGUUUGGUGUAUGACAUCUGUGUGAAAAAUGAUGAAGUUGCAGGAAGGUGUGACGAUGUUCGUGGUGCUGCUGGUGCUGCUGGUGCUGCUGCAAGUUGAAGGCAGAAAAUCAAGGCCGCAAAGAAGAAGCCAGAUUCAGAACGAUGGCCCUUCCGGACGGAACACGUGUCCAGGUCCCAGUCGACACAAGAGGAGGUGCUGCCCGGGGUGGUCCCAGCCCAACAGUAGUCGGAGAUGCAUUGUCCCUAUCUGCAUAUCCAGCUGUGGAACUGGUGGUCGUUGUAUGCGGCCAAAUGUAUGCUUGUGUCAAAACAGACAAAUCGGACCUUCCUGUUCACCCUGUAAUCAGCCUUGUGUGAAUGGAGGACGGUGUAUUGGACAAGACCGGUGUUCCUGUCCAUAUGGCUUCACUGGGAAGCAAUGCCAACAAGAUUAUCGAACUGGGCCCUGUUUCACCCAGAUAUCAGACAACAUGUGUCGGGGGCAGUUAACUGGUGUUGUUUGCACAAAGAUGCUAUGUUGUUCAACAAUUGGUAAGGCUUGGGGAAGGCCAUGCGAACAGUGCCCAACAUCAACUCACCCCUGUCGGAGAGGGUACAUCCCCAACCCCCAAGGCGACACUUGUAUAGAUGUUGAUGAAUGCCAGGCUAUCCCCGGUCUGUGUGUGGGCGGCAACUGUGUCAACACCCUGGGGUCUUAUCGCUGUGAAUGUCGAGAGGGACAGACACAGAAUCCAAUAACCAAAGUUUGUGAAGAUAUAAAUGAGUGCGAGAUCAUUCCACGUAUUUGUGAAAACGGACAGUGUACAAACACAGAAGGGAGCUAUUUCUGUACCUGUAACCGUGGAUACGAACCCAAUCCUGACCGCUCUUCUUGUAUUGACGUGAAACAGGGCUAUUGCUACACAAGUGUCAUCAACUUGAACUGUCAAAGUCGAAUCUCAGAAAAAACAUCAUUCCAGGACUGUUGCUGUAUGCUGGGAAAAGGCUGGGGAACAGGGGAGCAAUACUGCCAACCCUGUCCACUCAAAGACACAAAUUCCUACGACCGACUGUGCCGAAAAGGUCUACCGAUCACUGACCAAUUCUGUGCCAAGUUCACCAUGCUGUGUAAUAAUGGCCGCUGUGUGGAUACCCCAAGUUCCUUCCGCUGUGAAUGCAACCCGGGAUACAGGGAGUCCAAUGAUAACUGCCUUGAUAUUGAUGAAUGUGAGCAGCAGGGAAUCUGUCGCAAUGGCCGCUGUGUCAACACACAGGGAAGCUACACCUGUGAAUGUAGUCCAGGGUUUGUUCUCUCAAAGACAGGCUCAUACUGCACAGACAUGAAUGAAUGUGCUGAGGAAGGCAUGUGCCCCAAUGGGGUGUGCUUCAACAUGGAUGGGUCGUACAAGUGCCGAUGUAAUGCAGGAUUUAAACAGUCACCAAACCAGGAAGUCUGCUAUGACAUCAACGAAUGUACAGAGAAUGGUCGACUAUGCAAGAAUGGUCGCUGUGUGAAUACUGAUGGAAGCUAUCGUUGUGAAUGUACCCCUGGAUAUCGGUUGUCACCAGAUGGUGCUUUCUGUCUAGAUUAUGAUGAAUGUAAGACAACAGGAAUGUGCACCAAUGGCAACUGUAUAAACAUGGAUGGCAGUUUCAAGUGUGUCUGCAACCCAGGCUAUAUCUUAGGUCCCAGUAGGGAGAUCUGUAUAGAUGUGAACGAGUGCUCACUUGGUCCAGACCAGUGUGUGAAUGGUCAGUGUAUCAACAACCAGGGCAGCUUCCGCUGCGAGUGCCCCCAGGGAUUCACCCUGGGUGAGGACAGGAGGACAUGCAGAGACACAAGGAGGAACAUGUGUUACCCCGAGGUGCGGAAUGGCCGCUGCCUUAACCCCUACUCUGUGCUGGUCACCAAGUCCAUGUGUUGUUGUGGCCUUGCCGGCUCCCUGGCCUGGGGACAAAACUGUGAGAGAUGUCCAACAAUGAUGGACCCUGGUUUCAUCAAACUGUGUACCCAUGGGAAGGGCAGAGAUCACGAUGGGAAGAACAUCAACGAGUGUAAGUUACGCCCUGACAUGUGCCAGAACGGGGCAUGUGAGGACCUGGAUGGGGGCUACAGGUGCAUCUGUAAUGAUGGUUACAGACCUGAUUCCUCGGGCAGGGAAUGUUCAGACAUUAAUGAGUGUGACAUCAACUUGAUGCUGUGUGAUGGGGGGCAGUGUAGAAAUGUGCCAGGAAGCUACAGGUGCAUCUGUCCCGAGGGACUUCGCUUCAACCAUGCCACAAGAAUGUGUGAAGAUAUGAAUGAGUGUGAAACCUCACCCUGUGUUGGAGGUGAUUGUAUCAACACGGCGGGGAGCUUCAGAUGUGAAUGCACAAGGCCAGGGACUAUGCUGGACUCCACCAAGAGAAUCUGUAUUGACAACCGACGUGGAGCGUGUUGGCUGAAGUACAGGAAUGGGGUGUGUGAGAGGAACAUCAAUACCAUGAUGCUAAAGUCUGAAUGCUGUGGUACCAUUGGGAAGGCCUGGGGAAGUCCCUGCGAGCAGUGCCCACCUGACAGUGGACUGCGAUGUCCAAAGGGGUACGCUUUUACAAAUGGAUUAAACUGUGGCGAUGUAAAUGAGUGUGAGGUCCUCCCCAACAUCUGUAGGAGUGGAGGCGAGUGUGUCAAUACCCAGGGUUCCUUCAAGUGUACAUGUCCAGCUGGCCUUGAGCUGGACACUACUGGACGCAGAUGUGUAGACAACAGGAAAGCUCAGUGCUAUUUGGAUUACAACAGAGGUUUCUGUGCCCGUGAAAUGAUGGGCCUGUUCAACAAACACAUGUGCUGCUGCACCAUGGGGAAGGCUUGGGGAGAGAGCUGUGAAUCAUGCCCCAACAAGGGAACAGAUGAGUAUGAAGAGCUGUGUGAUGGAGGUGAAGGGAUGUAUCCUGACCCUGACAAACCAACAGAUAUCAAUGAGUGCCGGAUGUUUCCUGGUAUGUGUUUAAAUGGAAAGUGUCGCAACGUGAUGGGAAGUUUCAUCUGUACCUGCAACCCUGGGUUUGCCAAGGAUGACACAGGAUUCAACUGCACUGAUAUCAAUGAGUGCCUGAUAUCAUCGGUAGAGAUCUGUGGUUUAGGCGAAUGUAUCAAUAUGCCGGGGACAUUCCGCUGUGAGUGUGCUGAGGGCUUCAGGGGUGUCAUGAUGAACCAGAUGUGUGUUGACAUCAAUGAGUGUGAGGAGAAUACAGGCUUGUGUCUCGGAGGGUCUUGUCGCAACGUCGAUGGAAGCUACGAGUGUGAUUGCCCAGAUGGCCAUGAAGUUGGACCUGAUGGCUCAACUUGUAAAGAUGUGGAUGAGUGUGGGUCAGCAAGCUCCAUCUGCUCCAAUGGCCACUGUGAAAACUACAUGGGGGGCUACCAGUGCAUCUGCUCUGAAGGCUACAAGACCAAUGACCAGAAGACUACAUGUGCUGACAUUGAUGAAUGCCGUGUGCGUAAUGGAGGAUGCAUGGGUCGAUGCGUCAACACUCCCGGAAGCUUCUCUUGCGGCUGUGAAAGUGGCUACCUCCUCAUGAUAGAUGGCAAAACCUGCAUAGAUGUUGACGAGUGUAAAGAAACACCCGACAUCUGUCGAGGAGGUCGAUGUAUCAACCAGCCUGGCUCCUACAGAUGUACUUGCACAGGUGGACUCUCCUCGUCCAGGGAUCAGAAGCAGUGUCUGGAUGUGGAUGAGUGUCUGCUGAACAAGAACCUGUGUAUGACGGGAGUCUGUCAGAACACACAAGGCUCCUUCUCCUGCAAGUGUGACACUGGUUUCUCCGUCAAGCGGGAGACUGGCAACCCAGGCUGUACAGAUGAUGACGAGUGUCUAGAGGGUAACGUGUGUGACAGCAAUGCUGUCUGUAUCAACACCAGAGGCUCCUUCAAGUGUGACUGCAAGCCAGGCUUCACGGGGGACGGAUUCACAUGUAGAGAUGCUAACGAGUGUAUCCGUGCCAACGGUGGAUGUGACCGUGAUGCUGCCUGCAUCAAUAUGCCGGGCAGUUUCCGCUGUGUCUGUGACGAAGGCUUUUCUGGUGAUGGCUUCCAGUGCAUCGAUGCUGAUGAGUGCAGCUUGGAUGUGACUCUGUGUGAGAACGGGCAGUGCUACAACUAUCCAGGAGGAUUCCGGUGUGAAUGUGACAUGGGAUUUGCCCCCACUGAGGAUGAACGGGCCUGUGUCGAUAUCAAUGAAUGUGACAUGUUCCACAACUUAUGUGUCAAUGGCCGCUGUGAAAAUGUGUUUGGUAUGUUCCGAUGUGUCUGUAACCAAGGUUAUCAGCUUGAUAACUCAGGAGGAAACUGUACAGACAUUGAUGAGUGUCAGAACAUAGACAACUGUCAGUACGGCACCUGUGUCAACACCCAGGGAGGGUACCUGUGUCAGUGCCCCCCAGAUUACGAACUCAACCCCACGGGCACAGGAUGUGUGGACAAGAGACUGGGCUCCUGCUAUAUGGAUGUCCCCCAGUUUUCCCGUGGAGGCCGUAUGGUGGUGUGCACAGAUUCGAUCGCUGUGGAUAUAUCCCGAGCCACCUGCUGCUGUACUGUGGGGAAAGGCUGGGGGGAUGUCCCUGGGCUGUGUGAGAUUUGCCCAAGGAAUGGAACAAGUGAAUACAACGCUCUGUGUCCCGGGGGGCCAGGGUUCAGGCCUAACACCAUCACACUGGUGGUAGAAGAUAUUGAUGAGUGUGCUGAAGUGGACGAUGUCUGCAAGGGAGGCCGAUGUCAGAACACAUUUGGCAGCUAUGUGUGUGUGUGUCCGGAGGGCUUAGAACUGGACAGCACCAGGCACCGAUGUGUGGAUGUUGAUGAGUGUCGGACUGGGCAGAGGAAGUGUGGCAGGGGUGAGUGUGUCAACACCCCGGGCAACUACACAUGCAUCUGUCCUGCAGGAUACGAACCCAUGGAUGGGGGCCGAGACUGCCUCGACAUGAGAAAGGGCAACUGCUACAUGGAGUACUUGAACACAACACGCCCGCCGUAUCAGGUAAUCUGUGAGAAGCCCAUGUCCAAACAGCUGACCAAGAGACAGUGCUGCUGCACCAUUGGUGCUGCCUGGAACGGUCCAUGCGAGCCCUGCCCACUGAGGAACACACGAGAGUACAGACAACUCUGUCUGGAUAGCCCCAUGGGAGGAAUGGACAAGAUCAACGAGUGUAGGAUCCUCCCCAGUCUGUGUGAGAACGGCCGCUGUAUUGACACGGAGGGCAGUUUCAGAUGUCAGUGCUAUCCUGGCUACAAGUAUGACCGUACAACUCAUGUUUGUGAAGAUGAGGAUGAGUGUCGUGGAACUCUGUCUCCAUGUGUGGGCAAUGCAGUGUGUGUGAACAUGGAGGGCAGUUAUGAGUGUUCCUGCCCCGAUGGCUACAGACUCAAGCCAGACCGGAGAAGCUGCCAGGACAUAAAUGAAUGUUUGGAGGAUCCGGAGGUGUGUAGCAAUGGCGACUGUGUCAACACUGCCGGCAGCUUCAGCUGCAUCUGCCACGACGGCUUCCGACUGUCUGCACGCAGAGACUCCUGCUCUGAUAUUGAUGAGUGCCAGGCUUGGCCGGGCCGCUGUAGGAACGGAACUUGUCAAAACACAAUCGGCAGCUUCAGGUGCAGCUGCAAUGGUGGAUUCCAGGUCACAGAGAAUGGAGAUUGCGUUGAUAUGGAUGAGUGUCGCAUGCUGAUGGGGAUCUGUCAAAAUGGCCGCUGCCAGAACACACUGGGCAGUUUCCGAUGUCAAUGUCAAACAGGCUAUACAGAGUCAUCCGACAGACAGAACUGCAGAGAUGUUGAUGAGUGUGCAGAGAUCAGUGGGACCUGCAGGCGGGGCACCUGUCAGAACACUGAGGGCUCCUACAUCUGUCAGUGUCUGGAAGGCUUCCAGAAGUCCCGCAGGGGGGAUGAAUGUGUUGACAAGAAUGAGUGCCGCACUAUCCCCAACAUCUGUUACAAUGGGAAUUGUCGCAACACCGUCGGUGGCUUCGUCUGUACCUGUCCUCAAGGUUUUGUCCUCAGCCAGGAUGGACAGAAGUGCAGAGAUGUGAGAAGUGGACUCUGUUUCUCUCGGUUUGACAAUGGUCGUUGUCUGGCUCCAAAGCCACUCAAUAUGACGAAGGCUGACUGCUGCUGUUCCAUGGGCCAGGCGUGGGGAGCGUACUCUGACUGUGAGGUCUGUCCUCGCACAGGGGAAGCUGGGUACAAAUUCCUAUGUCCUCAAGGUCAAGGUUAUGUUAUUACUCCGGGGAAAUUCAUGACAGAUAUGAACGAGUGUUUGAAGUUCCCAGGUAUAUGUGUUAAUGGUAUCUGUGUUAACACGGAUGGUUCAUUCCGGUGCGAGUGUCGUGCUGGCUACACUCUGGACAACACAGGACACAAUUGUGUCGAUGCUAACGAGUGUCAGGAUGCGUUCAUGUGUGGUAAUGGUACCUGCACCAACACCGAGGGCAGCUUCCAGUGUUCGUGUAGACAGGGCUUUGCUCCUGGGCCCCAUGAGACAUGUGAAGAUGUGGAUGAGUGUAACAGUCCAAUGAAUGCCUGUGCUUUCCGCUGUUUGAACAUCCCUGGGUCUUUCCGCUGUGUGUGUCCUAUGGGAUACAGGGUGGCUGACGAUGGGGUCCAUUGUGAAGAUGUUGAUGAGUGUGUGACCCCAGCCAACAACUGUAAAUACGACUGUAAGAACAUCAUCGGCUCAUUCCUGUGUGUCUGCCCUGAGGGAUUCAAACAGGUCGGCAUGGAUCAGUGCUCAGAUAUCAAUGAGUGUGCCACCCAGCGUGGUUUGUGUCAGCAUGGUCGCUGUGUCAACACAAGGGGAGGAUACAGAUGCAUGUGUAACCGUGGAUACGAACCUAGCGCCAAUGGCAGAGCCUGUCUUGAUCGUCGUCAAGACUUCUGCUACCCAUCUUUGACCGCUGGCCGCUGUGUGCGUUCACCAACUGUAUCUCGGACAACCAAGGCUAAGUGCUGCUGUGCCAUGGCAGCUGCCUGGGGUGCAGGCUGUGAGAGGUGCCCCCCUGUCAACACAAUCCAGUACAAGCAGCUGUGUCCACAAGGUCCUGGCUACACUCCAGAUGGACAAGAUAUUGAUGAGUGUGCAGAUAUGCCUGACGCUUGUGCCAAUGGCCGUUGUCUGAACACGAUGGGCUCCUACAGAUGCGUCUGUAACAAGGGUUACAAAACUGAUGCUUCCGGCAAGAGAUGUGUGGAUAUUGAUGAGUGUCGGCUUGACCCCAAGCCGUGUGAGUUCACAUGUCAGAACACAGAUGGGAGCUUCUUGUGUACUUGUCCUCGUGGAUAUGUUCUUAACGCUGAUGGCAAGACGUGCAGAGAUCUUGAUGAGUGCACCACGAUGCAGCACAACUGCCGAGAUCGGUGUAUCAACACUCCUGGCAGCUUCGAGUGUGAGUGUCCUCCGGGCUACAGGAAAGGGAGGACGAGGCAAUGUGAUGACAUUGACGAGUGUGCUGACACACCCAACUUGUGUGGGCCUGUUGGAACAUGUCGCAACACUCAAGGCAGUUUCCGCUGUGAGUGUCCACGUGGCUACAAGACCAGCAAGGAUGGCAGCAAGUGCAUCGACAUGGAUGAGUGCGAGGAUGGUCAGUGUGAGGGCGAGUGCGAGAACGUUCCGGGCAGCUUCAGGUGCGAGUGUCCACCAGGAUACACACAACACUACAGUGGACAGUGCUAUGAUGAGAAUGAGUGUAUGGACCAGUUCCUGUGUGGUGUCGCCAUCUGCAUCAAUAUUCCUGGCAGUUUCGACUGUCAGUGUUCCGGUGGACAGACAUUUGACAUGCAGAUGUCGUCUUGUGUCGACCCCAAUGCCUGUGGCGGCAACCCCUGUGUGUUUGGCUGUUCUCCCACUGCACAGGGCUUCUCUUGUGGCUGUCCAAAUGGAUACCAACCAAUAGGACAAGGUCACUGCAUCUCAACAAUCACCCCGCCGGGCGGCAGUGGCAGAGAGGAGAGGGUGUACCCUGAGGGGGUGCAGCUGCCCCAUGCGGCUGGCCCCACCGGUGGGAAGCUGCCUCCAGGGGAAGGGUGUUACCAGUGUGACCAUGACUUUGGGGAUCUUCCUCUGACCAAGAGAGCCAAGAGAAGUUUGCCCGACUUUGAAGAUGAGGAGGAGGACUUGGAUGCUCACAUACACAAGUUUGAGCUGAAUCCUGAGGCUGAAAUGGAGAAAUAUAGAAGCAGGCAAAAGAGGGAUAUUUAUUUACAACGUAGAAAACUCAGACAUCACAAGCACAAAGCUGUCAAUGUGACAGCCCCAUCCAGUGACAUCAAGAACCCAGAGUUCAGACCUCUUGUCCUUUAUCUGAAGCGGAAACAAACUCGACCAAAGGCACGUGUCAUCAAAGUCCUGCCAUCCACGCGUGCUCUCCUGAACAAUGUGGAAUAUACCAUUAUUAACGGAAAUGAAGAGGGAAUAUUCUCCAUGCAUAAAAAGAAAGGAAUUAGCUCUUUACAUUUUACUCGUAGGUUACGCGAAAAAGGAGAAUAUAGACUAGAAAUUGAAUGUAAGCCCCAGCACAGAGAGGAUAGUAAUGACAAGAAUGUACAGUUGAAGUCCUAUUCAAUACAUGUUGAGAUUCAUGUGCUGUGAGAUUCUACAACAUGGGACUUACAGGGCAUGUGAACAUUUAUGAAUUUGUUAGAUCAACUUAAUAAUCCA